AUGAAAAAAUUAAUUUUCUUUACAGAAUCAGCAAACCUAAAAACGUUCGUUCAAAACCGGGUCACAGAAAUUAACGAAGUUACAGGACACUUAAAGUGGCUUCAUAUAGCUAGUAAGGACAAUCCAGCUGAUUUACUGUCUGGAGGAAUGACCCUGGAUCUGUUAGUUAAUAAUAAUUUAUGGUGGAAUGGACCUUCUUACUUACAGAAUUAUAAUGAUUACACCAGAAAAACAAAUAAAAGACGCACAUCACAAGACUUAGUCAAGGCCAUUAAGAAGGUAAAGAAUGGUGAAUUGACAGCGUACAAAGCAGCCCAUGAGUUCAAUAUUCCUAUGACGACUCUUCAUGGCCACGUUAAAGAACGAAAAUACGUUUGGGACCAGUGGAUGGCCUAUCUCGAAGACUACGAUUUUGAGUUGUCAUACGUCGCCAGUACUAAAGUGUGGAUGGAGACGGAUAUCUUUCACAAUUAUUUCGAAAAAGUACUAAUCCCAAAUAUUGGUGAAGAGCAACUGGUCCUUAUAAUUUAUGAUGGGAAUUCGACUCACGUCGAAGAGUUGUAG